AUGACUUUGGAAAAGAUUGGCUACAUUAUGUUUUUAUUUCACCUUGUACUUUUGAUACCGAGCUAUUUAUCGAUGAUAAUACUGCAGAUAUUCCAUGGCCCAGAGGUCGUUAAGUUGGUAAACCGAUAUAUUGAACUCUUCCAUCGAGUGAGGUCCUUGAGCUUCAGCAAAGAAGUUGGAUUUGGGGGCGGACGACAAUUAGUACUGGUCCUCUUAUUUAUCGUUAAACCAAAAUCUAAAUCCCUGGGAAGGUUAACUAAUACUAUGAUUCUUUUAAGGGAGAUUUCGUGUGUGAUCAAAUCAUUUCAGGACUUGACUAAUGGUCACCUUUUUUUUAGUCUGGUCAACGAACUCUUUUUAAUUGUCGCGAUCUCUUACCAAUCGAUUAUUGAAUCGAAAUACAUUCAGGAUCUCACUAUUGAGCUUUUAUUUGCCGCUGAACAGAAAGAAUGGAACCAAACGGUGGAAGUAUUUGUGACACAUCUAAACCUUAGGAAGUUAAGAGUUCGUCCUUUGCUUCUUUUCGAUGUUUCCAACGAACUUUUUCUAUUGAUUUUUGCUGGAGUAGUAAACUAUCUGGUUUUUAUAAUGCAAAUAAAAGUAUUUUGUGAGUCAAAAUAUUGGUAA